AAAGAAAAAAAAGAAAAAGAAAAGAGAAAGGGAAUAUUACGCUGACACCCAUAAAAACUACAGCUCAGCUCAACAAAGUCUACACAGUAUCUCUCUUUCUCUCUCUAGACUUCUCUCAAACAUUUCCCGAUGUCCACCGUAACAGUCGUCAGAUCCCCCUAACGAGCCGCUGAGUCUCUUGACUGUUUUUUUUAUUGAAAUCAGUGUUAGAUUUUUGUUCCGUACAUGGCGGAGGAAGACGUCGUUCCCGAAACCUUCCGAGUUCUCGUCGAGAGCGCGGACCGUAAAUUCGCACGAGUCCGGGACUUACCGUCGUACGGACGAGCACAAGGCCAACACUAUUUCCAGAAAGUCUUCAAAGCCUAUAUGCGGUUAUGGAAGUACCAGCAAGAGCACCGACCCGAGCUUGUCAAAGCCGGUUUGAACCGGUGGGAGAUUGGCGAAAUCGCCGGUCGGAUCGGCCAGCUGUAUUUCGGCCAGUACAUGAGGACGAGCGAGGCUAGGUUUCUGGUCGAAGCCUACAUUUUCUAUGAAGCGAUUUUGAAGAGAAGGUAUUUCGAAGGGUGUGGAGUGAAGGAUCUUCGAGUUCGGUUUAAGGAGUUGAGAUUUUAUGCCCGGUUUUUGCUGGUUUCGUUGAUUUUGAACCGGACCGAGAUGGUGAAAGUUGUCGUCGAAAAGCUUAGAGCUCUUAUUGAUGAUUGCAAGGCUAAUUUCCGGGAAACAAACUUUAAAGAGUGGAAGCUAGUAGAGCAAGAAAUUCUCCGCUUUAUAAACAUUGAUACUACUUUUACCAUUCCAAGUUCGAGGCCAUUUCGGUACUGUGCUAUGCUCAACUGUCAUCCAAAUUCUGUUCCAUAUGUAGCUCGAUUCCAUGCAAAGAAGGUUCUAAAGUUUCGGGAUGCUAUCCUGAUGAGUUAUCACCGGAAUGAGGUAAAGUUCGCAGAACUUACUCUGGAUGUAUACAGAAUGCUGCAGUGUUUAGAAUGGGAGCCUAGUGGAUCAUUUUACCAGAAGCAUCCUGCUGAACCAAAGGAGAAUGGUGUUGCAGUUGAUUAUUCUGGAGCUUCUGGACUAAUUGAUAUGAAUUUGGCUGCAGACAUGACUGACCCCGCUCUACCUCCAAAUCCCAGGAAGGCUAUCCUGUAUCGACCAUCUCUGACACAUUUGAUAGCAGUUAUGGCAACAAUUUGUGAGGAGCUCCCUCCAGAGAGUAUUAUGCUUGUUUAUUUAUCAGCAUCAGGGAAGCCUGGUCAAAUUAAUACUUCUCAUGUAGAAACUUCAGGAGGAUCUAGGCGAACAAGAAAAAGCAUGGUCACUUCUCACAGUUCUCUUGAACAGAAUUGCUCUGCAACUGAAUCCCACAUCAAUGGUGUGAAAGGGCCUAGUGACUACUAUAAUGAUUACUUGUGGUUAGGUCCUAAAGGAAAUGGUGGUUCAAGUAACCUCUAUCCUGGUGAUAUAAUUCCUUUCACCCGAAGACCUCUUUUCUUGAUCAUUAAUAGUGACAGCAGCCAUGCAUUCAAGGUCUUACAUGGUGCAGAAAGGGGAGAGAAAGCUGCUCUUCUGCUUUCACCAUUGAGACCAACUUUUAAGGGCCCAUCUAGUGCUGAUAUUACUCAGAAUGGAAGUCAGUUUACCCUUUUCUUGACUGCUCCUCUGCUAGCAUUUUGCCAAAUGGUUGGGUUCUCCUUGUCUGAUAGUGAUACGGAGGUCCUUAAUAGUGCUGAAAACAUACUAUCUACUGCUUUCUCCAAGUGGGAAGUAAUUCUUUGCAAAUCACCUAGCCUUGAUCUGGUUUGGGCGCAGGUUUUAUCUGAUCCAUUUUUAAGGCGGCUUAUUGUUAGAUUCAUAUUCUGUCGGGCCGUGCUCUCUGCCAUCUGGCCUCCAGAAGGGAGCGAUCAAUAUCUGCCUCUUUGCCUACCACAACUUCCUAAUUCUCUCUCUCCGAAGUCUGAUGUCGUGCAGUCUUGUGUCAGCCAGCUUGCAGAUCACCUGAAAGUUUCCAACUACUUUCACUUUGGGGAUUCAUAAGGUGGACCAUAUAAUUUGAUGAAAUCUGUAAAAUAACAUUGUUGCAUUGAAUCAGAUCUUUUGGUAGUGUAGCUCCUGGAGUUUCAACACAAGUUGGACUUUCUGGGCAGUCAAAGGUAUAUGAUUGCUGAGUGAGGCUUAAGACAGGCAUUGUCAAGGCUAUUUGAUCGACCAUGCUUGCUUUAGCUUCUAAUUGCCUACGCACAACAUCACUUGUCUAUCGAUCUGUCUGCUGAAACUAUAACCUGGUUUGCUACUAAGUUGAGAUGGGUGCUUGAUAACUUGCAAGGUGCGUAUGAAGAUAGUUGGGUAAAGCCUUUAGGACUCGGUUGAUGUAUGUAUGAGGUAAUUGUUGUGAUGGGUGCUUGAUGGGAUCUUUUCUUUUGUAAAAAGAAAAAGCGAGGUAGGCUAGUGGGAUUAAUUCUUUCUUCUUGUUCUCCCCUUUUUGAUCGGUUUGAUUUACAUGUAUUCUUGGAAAAAAAAGGUUCAUGAAGAGAUAGUAGGUAAAACGAAUAUAUGAUUGGCAAUUGAGGAGUCGUUUCAAUA